AUGACAUACAGACCGACUCCCAUCACAGUGUACAACCGUUAUGAUCAGGAGCGGUUCAUUAGACAGGAGAAAGAGGCGGCAGGAUUUAAAAUAAAUACAAUGGGAACAUACCAAAGAAUGUCAAUGAAGUCAGUAAUUGAAGGCGAUCAACCCAAGAAAAUCCCAGCUCUUCAGACACCUCAUCCUGAGCCCACUCUAACAGCACUGGCAGGUCUUCAGUUGUAUUUCCCACCCAGUAGACCUUUUCGUACUCCCAUCAUCAUCAUCCCUGAAGUGAACACCUCACUGAUCACCAUGUACAAUGUCAAGGAUAUCCUGCAGGAUUACAAGUUUGUUACUACGGAGGAAAAAAAAAGGCAAGGUGUUAAAAAACAGAAUGAAAUUUUGCUCAUACGGCGGCGAAAGAAUGGGGCAUCGACAAUUCCAUACACGGUUAUGGAUAACACUCAGAAACUGGCUCCAGGAGAUUGGGACCGAGUCGUGGCUGUGUUCGUGUUAGGGUCCAAGUGGCAGUUUCGAGGGUGGCCCUGGAAUGCAAAUCCUGUGGAUAUAUUUUCUAAAAUUUGUGGUUUUCAUGUGAAGUAUGAAGAGAUGGAUCUGCACAAGAGAGUGGCAGGCUGGGACGUAACUCUUCUUCAAUUUUCGACAAGAAAACGCCAUCUGGAUCGUGCUGCAGUCACGCAGUUUUGGGAAAAAAUGGACAAGUAA